AUGCCUCUGAACGGCCCAGGCCCGCUACCUUGGGACAGUCUAGGGGCCAGAGCGCAGGUGCUGGCAGCCCAGCCCCCCCGCCCCGGGGGGAGGCCCCAGGAGACAACUCCCGCUGGGCGCUACCGGAGCCUACAGGAAAACCCAGCUAUCGGCCUCCCACAGCCACGGCCCCCAUGCCAGGUGAAUGCUCCCACGGCACCGCCGUGGUCCAGGGUGACAGAGGGACAGGCCAGCAGCAGUCUAGCAAGAACACACACUGAGACGUUCGCCCGUUGCCUCCUCCUGGGAGGUGGGCGCAAGCGGCUCUCUCAGGAUGGGAAGCCACCACGCCGACCGGCCUGCCGCUCCACCCCGCCCCAAGAGAGGUACCCUCUGCAGGUUGGAGGCCAAGCCGCCACCGCCACCAAAGGCCCGAGGCUCAGAACCUGGGAGCCAGUGAGGCCGCCGCGGGGUCCCCAGGGCAACGACCGCAGCGCAGUCGGACCCCGCCCCCGCCCCCGCCCAAGGGUCAACUUGAACUCCGGACUCCUGCUCCUGUCCCCGCCCGGGGGUCACCCCCACGCCCUGGACCCGCGCCCCCGCCCCGUCCAGGGUCGCCCCGCGCUUCGGACUCGCGCCCCCGCCCAGGGGUCACUCCGCGCCCCGGAUACGCGCCCCCGCCCCGCCGAGGGGUCGCCCCGCGCUUCGGACCCGCGCCCCGCACCCCCGCCCAGGCGUCACCCUGCGCCCCAGAUCCGCAUCCCCGCCCAGAGGUCGCCCCGCGCCCUGGAUACGAGUCCCCUCCCCUGCAGAGCGUCGCCCCGCGCCCUGGAUCCGCGCCCCCGCCCCGCCCAGGGGUCACCCCGCGCCCCGCAUCCCCGCCCAGGGGUCACCCCGCGCCCCGGACCCGCACCCCUGCCCGGGGUCGCCCCGCGCCCACCUCUCUGCGCCGCCGGCUCCCCGGCCCUGCGGGCCCGGCCGCCGCUCCCCGGCAACGGGCGUCUGCGGCAUCCCGGGCUCGGCCCCCGCAGCGGCCCCUAG